AUGCCACUGGGAGCAGAAGACUUCUACUGCAGGAGGUUUGAGGCGAACAUCUUUGAUGAUAGCCGCUGCCUGAACUGCCUGCGCCCACGAAGCCUUCACCCUGAAGCUAAGCAGUUAGAAGCCAGCAAUUCCUCGGUGGUGAUUCAUGAUGAAGAUGUUCAGAGUGAAGAUAUCCACCAUCAUGAUGCUGAGGUCAGAUUGUGCAUCUUGACCCCUGACUGCGAUCUGUACUUGUGUACAGGAAGUGAGGAGGCCGAAAGCAGCCCAGACUGGGGAGUCAACACUAAUGAGAAGGAUCUGAGCAGCCCAGUGUCGCCUCCAUCUCCGGACAUGACAAAGCUGAAUUCCUCAAUCCGUACCAGUUUGGGAAACAGUCGGACAUCAACGUGGCUUGAAGAAGCACGAGGGAGCACCACCAUGAUCCACAAUAAAGGUUCAAUGCACCAGGGUGGAGGACACACUGAGGGAUGGAAAAGGUCCAGGGUUGAAAGUGGCUACUUGUCAUUAGAGAGGAACCAAAGACAGGCUCUUCCACGAGAAACAUCAGGCAUCUUGCAAACACGGAACUUGGAAAGCUUGUCUUAUCACCAUUCAGAUAAUAAGAACCACAUCCCAUUCAGGAAUCCUGAUCUGAGAGUCUAUUCUGGCCCUAGAACCUCUGAUAGGGAACAGCCUUUAACUUACAAGCCUGCAGAAACAAAAAACUCAUUUCACCCUCAACAAACUCACGCUUUGGAAAGACAAAGUUUAGACCUUGUAAGUCAAUCCUCUCAUAAAGAUGCGGGUUCAAAAUACAUGUCUAAUCACAAAGCUAUGGAAUCCAAAAGCUCCUCAUUGCAUAGGAGUACUGAGAUAGGAAGCCUGUCUUUUCAGCAUGGAAUCAAGACAGGCAGGAGUUCUCUUCGCCAGACAAAUGAGACAUCAAGCACUCGGCAAAGAACUGAGGUGGGAAGCGCCUUUCUUGAUAGAAGCACUGAAUCUGUUAGCUCCUCCUUUCGCCGGAAUGUUGAAUCAGAAAGCACCUCCCUUCGCAGAAACAUUGAUUUAGGAAGUUCUUCCCUUCACAGGAAAUUUGAAAUGGGACAUUCCUCCCUUCACCGAAACAUUGAAACAGGAAGCUCGUCUCUUCACCGAAACACUGAAACAGGAAGGCCUUCUCUUCGCCGAAACAUUGAAACUGGAAGCCCCUCAUUACACCGAAACAUUGAAACAGGAAGCUCGUCUCUUCACCGAAACACUGAAACAGGAAGGCCUUCUCUUCGCCGAAACAUUGAAACUGAAAGCUCCUCAUUACACCGAAACAUUGAAACAGGAAACUCUUUUGCUCAUCGCCAAGAGCAUUCUACCUCUCAUAGGCGUUUUGACUCAGGAUCAUCUUCCAGCUAUAGGGAUGGACGUUCUAAGAACUUGGAUUCCAGAAAUGCUGCUCCUCUGCAAUACAAAACUACUGACUACUCCUCUUCUAGACAUCCAUCCCGCAGCUCGUCCCCCAGAAGGGGUACAGACAGCAGAAGCUCCUCUCCAAGACGAGGUCUGGAGCAACGCUCUGCUUUGUCCCGUAGCCCUUCUCCUUUAAGAGGUAGUUGUGCCAGGCUGAGCUCCUCCCAGAGCUCCUUGGAGUCCGAGUCUAGCUGGGUCUCUACUGGGUCUGCUUUGGCUCGACGUGAUUACACCCUACUGGCAGAUCUCCCGAAAGCAAAACGGAUUAGCCAUCGAGAGGUCUUGGGUAAAGAGAAAAGAGAUUUAGGAAACAAAAGUCGGACUCGCAGUCCUGGAAGAGAAGAAGUAGAAAGACUAUUUGGUUAUGAACGCAGAGCAGCAGAUCUAGUGGAGGUGUUUGAGUCACUCGAUUCAGGGAUACCACCUAGGAGAACUGACAGAUCUUGGUCUAUUUCUGGAAGUGAGAGGUUGACCCGCACCCAUUCCACCUCCUCAUUGAGUCAGCAGAGGAUGAGGAGCCCAUCCAGAGAAAGAGAGCGAGAGAGAGAGGACAUUUCUUCUUGGAGGUCCAAUCUGUAUCCCACACAGCCAACCAGCUACAAGGAGUCUAGAAAUCCUUUUAGUGAUGAUAACCCAGCAUGGAAAUCAAACGCAGAGUCACGCAGACAGACAACAACAACCAAGGAGUCAAGGAACACAUUCAGUGAUGACAGCCCUGCGUGGAAAUCUAAUGAGUCACGCAGACAGAGAACAGCAACCAAGUUUGAAGAGACACACAGAAAAUCAGAAAUGGCGGUUGAUGGAUAUUCCUACAGAAGCCAAAUGGAACAUAUUCCUCAUCACGUUAUGGAAGGCUUAAGGAGCGCUGUAACAAGUUCACAGGUUCAAAAGACUUACCAAAAAAAUGAAAGGGAUUUUGAUACUCAUGCUUACAGAAGGGAGACAGAAGCAAUCAAUAUUAUUGACAAAAAGGAUGAGCAUAAAGAUGUGAAUUUUGCUGAAGAGUGGGACUGGAGGAGGCAUUCCUCAAAAAAGGACACGGGGAAUGAAUAUGUCUAUAGAAGCCAGACUGAGCUGGAUCAGAGCCAAGUCAUAAAAGACAAGGACAUGCAGGUUAAGCGAAUUGGUGACGAUAAAUUGGUCCGUGUGUGUACCUCCAAAAACGGACAGUCGCCCUAA